UGUGGUCCAUCGAUGCUACCGGGCCCUUUGCCAAGCUGCGCUUUUCGAAACCCAGAGUCGACAGAACAAGAAUCCGACUCCGACCGCGCGCAAGCAGAUGCGCGUGUUCUGGUGGGUGCUUCUCGGUAUCACGCUCUGGCAGUUCUUGCCAGAAUACGCAUUCCCAAUGUUGAACUCGAUGGCCUUUUUGUGCUGGGUUGCUCCUCACAAUCCCGUUGCCAAUUUUAUCGGAUCUGGUCUUGGCGGAAUGGGAUUCCUCAAUUUAUCCUUUGAUUGGGCUAACAUCUCCAACUAUCUCGCCGGUGUUCCGCUAUUUUUGAGUCCUUGGUGGUCGCAAGUCGUACUUUUCUGUUCGUUCGUUAUGUCGUGUUGGGUGUUACUGCCCGCCGCAAAAUGGGGGCACCUUGGAAGUUAUCCUCACUGCUUGAUGACGAACCGAGCUUGUACUGCUGAUGGGAGCAGAUAUCCCGUCACCGACCUAGUCACGCCGCAAAAUACCUUCAACCAGACGGCUUACGAAGAAAACGGCCCGUUGUACCUUGGCGUUCAUUACCUAUGGUCCAUCUUCUUUGAUUACGCCUCGUACGCUUCGGCUUACUCUUGGAUCGUGUUCUUUGGGGCCGGCCAAAUCAGAGACGGGUACAGGAAAUUCCGCGCCCGCCAGAAAAACCCGGGCCAAGGAAUCAAUCAUCAAUAUUCGGACAGAUUGAACGUCUUGAUGAGAUCUUAUAAAGAGGUACCCCUGUGGUGGUACAUUACACUGUUCCUCGCCUCGUUUACAUGCGUCAUGACAAUGGUUGGAAUGAACAUUCUAUUCAUCCCCUGGUGGACUUACUUGGUGGCACUUGCGACAGGGGCUGCUAUUGUCGUGCCUCUCGGCUGGCUUUAUGCCAUUAGUAACUUCCAACUGCCCAUCGGAACGUUCAAUGAAUUGCUAUACGGCACCAUGGUUCAAAACCUAAGCACUAAUCGAAAUCCUAUCGGAGCUAGCGUGUAUGGCGCUCUGGCUGGUGGCGCCUGGUAUAGGGCCCAGUAUAUGUUGCAAGAUCAAAAAAUAGGGCAUUACAUGCAUGUCCCCCAACGUACGGUUUUCUUCUCGCAAAUCUUCGGAAUCACUAUGGGUGUACCGAUCAAUUAUGCAGCAAUGCGCUGGAUCCAGGAUUCCAAGCGCGACUACCUAACUGGGGCCGUUGAUGAUCCAGCCCAUAUCUGGACAGGUCAAAGUUUAGCCAGCUCUUUGACUAUGGGAGUUCAGUAUGUUUUACUAGGGCCAACUCGACUCUUCCAACAAGAACAGUUCCGUCCACUCCCCUAUGCUUUCCUCGUCGGCGCGGCCUGUCCGGCCAUCGUAUACGCGCUCCACCGGCUAUUCCCUCGCGCUAAAUUCCACCUUUUCAACACCACCAUCUUCUUCAGCGGCGCGUCCAUCUUCUACGGCAACGUGUCGACGGGGUACUUCUCGCGUUUCAUAGGAGGUUUCGUCGUUAUGUUUUGGGCGUACAGGUACCGCUACCAACUAUGGGCCAAGUACAACUUUAUCCUCGCGGCUGCGUUCGACGCAGGGUUCAACCUGAACAUGCUCUUGAUCUUCUUAAUCUUCGGCAGCGCAAAGGUUAUCGGCAUGCCGAAUUGGUGGGGGAAUGAUGCGGCUAGCGUGGAGAAAUGCUAUGCGCUUGAGUAGAGUUGCUCUCCUGCUGGGUAUCUUGUUUUAAAAUAUAUAUCGUAUGGAAAUACUAGUGCUAGAUUUAAAUUAAAUUAAAUAGGAGAAGAUUAUUCGAAUAAAAGACUAUUCAACCCGG